AUGGCGGAACAUGGCUCAGAUGCGGCAUUUGCUUAUCAUGAACCACCAAUUACAACCUUACUCAACCAGACAGGAUUUCUCGUUGUUUUGAAUCUUGUGAAUGUCUGCCUUGACAAAAUACUAUACUGUGGGCUCAUUGGACAGUUAUUUGUCGGUAUCCUUUGGGGAACACCCGGAGCAAAGUGGCUCGAUCGCGAGACAGAAACUGUUAUCCAGCAGCUGGGGUACCUCGGAUUAAUUAUGUUAGUAUACGAGGGCGGUCUGUCAACAUCGAUCAAGUCCGUGAGGGCAAACCUCGUGGUUUCCCUCUGCGUUGCGAUCACUGGUAUUGGAGCACCGAUGGGUCUGUCCUUUAUUUUGAAUGAGCUAGUUGGAGCAACAUCAUUACAAGCGUUUGCUGCAGGAGCAGCACUUAGCGCUACGAGCCUAGGAACUACCUUUACGAUCCUUUCAACAACAAACCUGAUCUCUACGCGCUUAGGUACAGUCACGACCAGUGCUGCAAUGCUAGAUGAUGUCGUCGGUCUUGUUAUGGUCCAAAUUAUUUCCAACCUUGGCGGAAGUGCUUCAUCUUUCAGUUCGCUGACGGUCAUUCGACCCGUCUUCGUAUCCAUUGGUUUUGCAGUGGGUCUUUUACUUCUGUGUGCGUUCUUCAUCAAGCCAAUGUUGAAAAAAAUCAUCUCUGCGAAGCCCAAAGUCCCUAAUUUUAUGCGAAGCAUGGAGUUCGCAUUUCUAUAUCAGACGGUGUUUCUGGUGGGUCUUGUUGCGGGGGCCACUUAUGCAGGCACGUCGAGCCUGUUUGCGGCUUACCUUGCGGGUGUUAUUGUCACGUGGUUUGAUGGCAUUAUCACAGAGUCGAAUAUGCCACCUGGUGAUGCUCCUUCUGGGACACCUCCGACAGACCCUAAUUCUUCACACGUCGGGGCCCAAGACAAUGGCACUCUUCGUCUCAACGGACAGUCCGAGAUUUCGAUUGCAACUUCUACAAGCGCACAACGUGGCGAAACUCCAACAGGCGAAAAGGUAUAUGAGAAAUAUUACAAACAGCCAGUUAUCCGAAUUCUCACACCACUGUUCUUCGCAUCUAUUGGGUUUGCAAUUCCCAUCACCGAAAUGUUUAAAGGAAGUGUAGUCUGGCGUGGCGUCAUAUAUGCACUUCUUAUGAUGUUUGGAAAAUUGAUCACUGGUAUUUGGCUCGUCCGUUUCUCAUCCCACCCCCUCUCGAGCCUCGCAAAUGUACUGAAAAGUCCAUUAUCCCGCAUUCACCUUUUCUGCAUACCCACAAGGACCGACAAAGAGCAAAAAGAGAAUCGACAUAGCCCAUCUAGAGCCCCCAUUCAGUCCUCCAAAGUGUGUGCCUCAAACAAUCAAGCAAACACCCAAAAUCAAGCGGUCGAGAAUUGUCGGUCUUCAGAAGACAAAAGCUCUGCCGGUCCCCCUAAGCCUCAGGAAGAUUCGCACGCAACCCCUCGACGAAGUUCAAAGGAAAAAUUUCCUCCGAAACCAAAGUCGUUAUAUCCUCCAUCAAUCCUCGGCUUGGCGAUGGUUGCACGAGGAGAGGUCGGAUAUCUCAUUGCUUCUCUCGCACAAAGCCAAGGCAUGUUCGGAACUGGGUCAUCUGGAGAAAUUUCCGAGAUUUAUUUGGUUAUCAUCUGGGCGAUAUCUAUAUGUACGCUUGUUGGACCAAUCUGUGUAGGUACCCUCGUCAAGCGCGUGAAAAAGCUACAAGAGAUUCGAGGGGAUUCUAGCCCGGAUCCAUUAGGAGUGUGGGGAGUCUGA